GAGUAAGUUAUCGAUGCAAAUAAAUUUAAUUAAAUACUAAUAACGCAUGUUUUUACAAAUUUUAUUAUUUUAUUGGUCACCAGAAUGGAUAGAGAUUUUGAUGAAGGCUUCCUUGACUUGAUGUUUUUAAACAUAUGUCGUCUGCAAAAGCAACGACAAAAAUCAAGACGAGUACGCCGCUGGUGGGUUCAUCCGGUUAACAGGGAUCGAAACCCAAACGGAUACUUUAAAAAAGUGUUUUUGAAAUGGAAAUUGCAUGAAAACAAGCUUUUCGCUCUAACGAGAAUGAACCGUCGCACUUACGAUAUAUUGCUGAAUAUCAUGCACCCCUUCUUGAAAAGACUCAAGCAGCAAAUCGGUUCCAAAGAGCGCCUUUCGAUAACUAUAAUGUACCUCGCGCACGGCACCCCUUUCGAAAUCAUCGCUUCAAUGCACAAGCUGGGGAAAACUACGGUUCGCAAUAUUGUAUUGGAGACGUGUGAAAUGUUAUGGACCGAACUAUCUCCAAUAUAUCUCAGCGAACCCACGGUGGCACAAUACACAGACAUCGCGGAGGACUUUUUUAAGCUUUGGAAUAUGCCAAAUUGUGUUGGAGCGAUCGACGGAAAACACGUUGCUAUUACGUGUCCAAAAAAUUCAGGUUCCCUGUACUAUAACUAUAAAAAGUUUUAUAGUAUUGUGUUGAUGGCAACCUGCGACGCCAAGUAUACGUUUACCUCGGCUAGCAUUGGAAGUUAUGGUGGACAAAGCGAUGGAGGUAUUUUCCAACAAACUGAUUUUGGACGGGCGCUCCUGAGCAAUAGUUUGCCAUUACCGCCCUCAACGCCUUUGUGCCGUGAGACCACAGAAGUAUUUCCACAUUUUUUUGUGGGCGAUGCGGCAUUCCCGUUGAAAGAAAAUUUGAUGCGACCUUACCCUGGAUCUCAACUCCCGCGAUACAAAACAGUUUUUAAUUACCGGUUGUCGCGAGCUCGCCGGGUAAUUGAAAACAGCUUUGGUAUCUUAACAGCCCGCUGGCGUGUCCUUCGCAAAGUAAUAGAUUGUAGUCCAGAGAAUUGCGAAAAGAUCGUUUUAGCGUGCUUAGUUCUACACAACUUCGUUAUGCUCCACGAUCUAGAACGUUGGUGCGGAUUUUUUUCCAUGUAA